UGCGCGCUUGUUGGACGCGUAUGUCGGACAAGAGCUAUGACUGAGGAUUUGGACGAAGAGGUUGUGUUCGAGAACUCUCCGCUGUUCCAGUAUUUACAGGAUCUAGGACACACCGAUUUUGAGGCAUGUUCACCCAUCUCUCAGCUGCAGGAGGAGGAGCUAAGUGCUGGGGUUCGGGAGGGUCCCCUCCCCCAGGACACCCCGCCCCCUUCCAGGAUGGGUGGUAUUUGGAGGCUGGCUGAGAUUCUGUGGCGUCUCGGCCCGUUCCAUCAGCACAGUGCCCCCCUGAGGCUGGAGCAGCAGCUGGACACUGGGUUUCGUCAGUACGCUCUGCGCUGUGUACUGUCUCAGGACGUGGUCUUGCAGGAGGAUGUGGAGCUGAUCGAGCUGCUGGACCCUAGCGCUCUGUCUCUGGGCUCAACUAGUAUUGUCUGCCCCAGUGCCAGCACAGCUCUGCCCGCACCCCGCUACUUCUCAUCACCUUCUAUGUGGGAAGUCUCUAUAUUUGUCGGACUGCUGGCCGUCCUGCUUGCAGCCUGGUGCUCUUGUGCGGAGGAAGGGCAGGUCCUGCUGUGGCUGUGUGUGGGCGCACUGGGUGUGUGUUGCGGUGCGUCUCUGUGGCGGAAGGCACGGAUGCAGCGGCUGGUCCAGCGUCACGCUGCCCAGCUAGAGAGCCUGGUGAUCCACAGCCGCGCUCUCACCAGCCUGGCGCGCAAAUCCCUCCGCCUCAUCCAGGAGACGGAGGUCAUCUCCCGCGGAUUCACCCUUUUACUCGACAGGGUGAGUGCGGCCUGUCCCUUUAACAGGGCGGGGCAACUGCGCAGCCAGCAUCUGAUUGGUCUGAGAAAAGCGGCCUAUCAGAGUCUACGGUGUGCGUUCCGAGCCUCCCGCCUCGCCACUUGCAUUAUGCUCAAGUCGUUCCCGCUGAACUCUGAGAUCGACAACGUCACAAACUAUGUCUCCACUGUACCAAUCAGAGAGCUGGGCCUUGGCCUGGGGGCAGAGCAUCUCUCUGAUGAGCAGGCUCAGGAGCUGACCAAUGAUUACAGCCUGCCUGCCCUGAAGCUCCUGUUUCAGUUGUGGGUGGGGCAGAGCUCGGAGUUUUUCCGCCGACUGGCUCUGCUUUUGUCAUCGGGGAGGGAGGAGCCAGAGCCCAAGCCUCGCCUGCUGGCUUACCACAGCGUGGCCGCAGUCACCGGCUCCCUCCGGCCCAGCCUGGCUGACUGCCUUCACGACCUGCAACGCAGCUAUGAUUUCCAUCGUUACUUCGAGAUGCAGCACCAGGCGCAAUCGUCAGGCCGGGCGAACCACGCCCGCCAGAAAUGCCGGGAGCUUAACACUCUCCACACGUCCGUGCGGAGCUUGCAACUGCACCUCCGGACGCUGCUUAGCGAGGUGAUCAUCCUGGAGGACGAGCUUGAGAAGCUGAUGGUCGCCAAGGAGACAGAGGAGGUGACGUGCGCGGGCUACCAGGAGCUGCGGGAGCGGCUGCACCUCUUGGAGCCACACAUGCAGGCCAGCUCCUGCUGCUGGGAUGACGUGGCCUCACAGGUCGAGCACAUGGUGCGCCGCAUCACCGGCUGCCCAGGAAGUGCAGAAGGUCCAGAGGAAGCAGCUGACCCUGCCCCAGCUCCUCCUGCUCCCGUCACACACAUAGAGGACAGAGACCCUGUCCCAGAGGAACAGGAACUGGAGGCAUGCGUCUCCGACUCGGACUCUGACACGGAGUGGGGCGGGGCCGUGGACAUGCUGUCGCCAUGGGAUCGGGAGCGGCAGCGUCACGAGAGGGAGGAGUCGAGGAGGGUUUUACUUGAGCUGAAGUCUGUCCUGGGGAUUCGAACGUCGGAAGGGGAGAGAGACAAAUGCAAGCUGUUGCUGUUCAGCGACCAAGCUGCCUUAACACAGGUUGCUAUGGAACCUCUUGCCAUCCCAGAAUCCUCAGCGGUUCCAGACUGCACCGACUUCACGGCAACAGCAGGUAACCACGUCUGCCAGCAGGUGCCGGAAGAGGAUGUGAACGAGGAAGCCGAGGAGGCGAAAGACGCAAAGGAGGACGGAGGGAAAGAAAGGCCAGUGACUGAAUUCUGUUGCGGAGGCACCGAAAGCACUAGAGAAACCCAGGAUAAGGGAAGCGGGCAGGCCGUGUCAGAAGGGCUGCAGUUCUACCAAUCAGAUGGACUGAUUGAUGAGGAGGCAGGGCAGGAUGGGACACACCCCCUCACUCCCAGAGUCCCAACCCUUUCAGUGAUUGAGAGGCUGACGGAACUGCAUGGCUCAGAAGCUCUUAGUUUUGGUUCUGCUCUGGCUGCCCAGGUAGCUGCUCGCUCCCACAACUUCACACACCUGCAGGAAUGCACCUAUGAGGACUCAGAGGAGGAGGAAGAGGAAGUGACAUCACAGCCAGAGAAAGACAUGGAAGGGAGGUGUUGAAGGACGAACAUCGAUGAACUGUUUUACUGCAAAGAGGUUAUUUAUUCCCAUCAACUGUAGAUUUAUUUAUUCAGCUUGUUUCAGGAGACUGGCAUCAAUGGAUGUAGCUGGUGUAAGAGUGAGUGAGUGAGUGAGUGUGUGUGUGUGUGUGUAAUCCAUCCAUCCCUCUUUCUCUCUGUAUGCCUCAGGUACAGGCUAGCACAUACAGACACAGAAUCCUACAUUAAUCUAUAAAAAUGCAUAUACACACACACACAGCUCAUAAUUUACAUUUAAUGCUGGUUACCUGUCCGCAUACAUGUGCAUUGUCGCUGUGUGUGUGUGUGUUGACGGACCUUGGUCAGUGUUUAUAAAUACAUGCCGUGCAGGCCGGCAGAAACGAGCACUUGAUUUGGCCACUCCUCUUGUGCUACAUUUCAGAAGGCCACCGUCUUUCAGAAGAGGCCCACUGGUUCAACUCUCUCAACGUUCUGCUGUGGUGUUAUCUGGGAUAUCUGUGGGUGUCUCCUCACCCUGCCACUCACAGAAAUGAGAUUUUGGAAUGGAUUUUCACUCCCUUAACAAAUGACAUCAUAGACAUCCAACAUAAAUCUUAUAAUUUAUUAACUUAAAUUGUUGCUUCUAAUUUUUUCUAACAUAAGUAAAUCAUUUUGACAUAUUGGAUUGGCUGGUAAUGAACGGUAGUUUUUGUGCUCACAUGUAGCUCGACUUUUCAAAUGUGUCCUAGCACAACGAUAAUCAUAACACACACUGAAACAAAACACACACAUGAGUCUUAUGUAAUGGUUAAUAUGAUAUUAACAAUAGCUUUUGGAGAAACCAGAGCCCACAUAACUACCUCAGUAAUUUCCAUGCGUCCAUUUAUUACCUUUGAUCAUUAAAUAAAGGACGUGCUGGAUCGAUGUUUCUCAUCCCUGUAUCCCAGAAUCUUCUAGACAGUCCUCGGUUUUUGCUCUGACCCAAGUACCAGUAUAACUGUCAGGUAUACAGUGUUCUUAACUGUUGGAAGUAGGGGUUUGAAAUAUGGCAAAAAAAAAAAUUGAUUCAUUUUCACAAUACCAAAUAUAUCAUGAUAGCAUGAUAUUUACUUUUUUCUGACAUUUCCUAAUGAAUAGUCACAAUGAGCCUGUGGUGGUGCUUUUUAAUUGCUAUCAAAAAGUGUACAAUAAUUGUUCAGUCUUUUCCAGUAUGUAAACUGUAAAAUUAAAUAUCUCGUUAAAGAAUAGCUAAAUAUUUAAUGGCAUAUAAGGUACUUGCAUUACAUACAGGCACAUUAUUAUUAUUAUUAAUAAGCUGUUUAAAUUCAAUAUUAGUUACUGAUAACAUUAAUUAUUAACAAUUACUGCUGUGAUGCCACUAAUUGUGCACCUUUUCCCAAUUCGUCUGAAUCUUGUUCCUGGUAGUGUGCAGCUGGUCAGUGUUCUGGAAGCCCUCAGUCCUGUCUCUGUGCCCUGAUGUGUUCAGGAACGUGUAUUACGAUACAAGGUAUUGUGAUGAUACUGGGGUAAAGCAAAAAUGGGGACUGCCUGGUUGAGUCCAAAGACUGUCUUGAGAAACACUGGUCAUCAUAUAUGGUGACUCAUUCAGGAGCAGUUGGCUACGUUUAGAGUAAGUUGUAGGGGUGUUUGCGAGAUGGUUAGAGUUAAGUGUAGGGUUAAGUAUACCCUGACCAAAAUUUCAUUGGAAUACAUUAUUGGAACCAUAAUCAACUUGAUUUAGUUUUAAUUACAUGUGCUUCUUAUGCUUUUUUUUAUUGGUCAUCCUUUCGUCCACAAGGUGGCACUGGUAAACUGGUUAAUCCUAGCAUUUUGUUGUUGGAAAAGGGACCUAUUUGAGAAGGUAAUCACUCGGUAUGAAUACAGGCAGUGCACAAAACCAAAGCCGUUACCUCCUAAAAAUCACUGCCUGCUUCUCAGUUGAAAUCUGUAGUAGCCAUUAUUAUUUGAGUAUUCUUUUUGUAAAUAAAGUUUAAAAAUUUCAGCGGAGCAGUAAAUAAACCUUAGUAACAAACAGUUGAUAAUAUAAUGCAUGCCUUAAACACGAUUCAUUGGUCCCACAAGUGUGUGACUUGGCCCUGCCCAGAGGUUUCUGAAGUUCUGGAGAAAUCAUGGCGACAAUAAUUGCAUCAUAACCUGUGUGUAUUUGCUAAUUCUUUUGUGCAUCUGUUAGUGCUUUUGAACUUGUUCCCCGGUGCAUUCAUUUUUUAAUGUUCAAAACCUCCUCCAAAAAACAAACAAAAAAAACACCGUGACUGUGAGUGAAUGAAUGCGUGCAAGAUUGUCUGUGUUCUCACUCGGCAUCAACUAAGCCUUUUCUGAUGCUUGUAAAAAAAAAUUUUUUUUGCACUUCAAACAGCAAACAAAUUCAUUUGUGAAAUAAAGUUCCCAAAUUCA